ACAAACGGAAGCAUUUCUGAAGUUUUCUUUAGUAGACGAACCUCAUUGUCAUUUUCGGCAAUAAAAAUAUUCUAAUGAGCGUUUCUGAAAGCACCCAGACAAUGAAUGGGAAGUGUCUGCGCGGCUUUUUUUUGAGGCAUUAUUUACUUUUUGUUAUCUAAACACCGAUGGGGCUAUUAUUUGGAUAACAAUGAAAGAAAACAUUUUGCCUUAAGGGAGGAGCGGCUUAUAUUGUCAUCACUAAAACAAUGCAACUAUAUUUUCAAAGUCAUCAAUAAAAAAAAUCAAACGGCAUCACUUUUUAGAAACACCUACCGGAUAAGUGCACAAGAGAUCCACAAAAGAGCUUCGUUUCCAAUUAAUGGGCAAUAGACGGACCUAUGGGCCAAACCGCGAGGACCCUGUGAGGGGCUAUGCGGAUGCCGCUAUGGAGUUUCCCAGACUGCUUGCCUUGCUGUUGUUAGUUUUGGACUGGACCCAGCCAGGCUUGUCAUCCCCACUGAGGCCAAUUUGUGACCUGAGGGUCCUGAACCAUUUCAUACAGGAAGCACGAGACGCAGAAGGUGCUAUGAAGUCAUGUAGAGAAGGCUGUGGCCUGUCCCAGUCUGUCACCGUCCCCCAGACUACAGUAGACUUUGAUGUAUGGGAGAAGAAAAAUGCACUGGAGCAAGCCCAGGAGGUGCAGACUGGCUUAUGGUUGUUACAACAGUCCUUCAACACGCUACAGACGUCGGUCACCAACACAGCAAUGCACAGUCACAUAGACAACACCAUCAGAAACCUGCUCAGCAUCAACGCUGUGCUGCGUAGUCUCAACAUCCAGGAAUUUACACCACCAGCAAAUGCAACAGACCUUGAGGGAACAUGGAGGGUGUCCUUAGCAACAGAGCUGCUUCAGGUCCACGUCAACUUCCUGCGAGGCAAAGUGCACCUUCUUCUUUCGAGUGCACAGGCAUGCAAGCCAGAUGUCAGCUGAUCAACCGAUCGCCCCAUCCCGGGCGAAGAAAUUUGUGUUUCCAAAGGCAAGAGGAGAAAUGUGACACUGGUUAACCUGCACGCUGCUGGAAGCGGUGUGGAAUGAGAAAGACGCAGCAGUCGUCGCAUGCAGAGGAAGAGCUGAAAGGAUAGGACUGUCUCAGCAACGCUUUGGAUGGACAGGAGAUGAACGCACCUUGGAAAGUAGAUGUGACUCAUGGACCAAAGUGAUGCUUUUGGGAAGCACUGCUCCAAUAGCUGUUUUACUGGCACUCUCUUGCACUUUGUGUGUGAAUGUACUUCAGUGUGGGUGAGCUAAGACUGAACGUUUCAGUGUCGUCCGUGUGCGUCUGUUUUCAGCGAGUCUGACCCUUACACUUAUUUCUUUAGAGGGAAACACCCAGUUAAUACUGACUACACCUGGGCAUCAAUUUCACUACUGGAGGCAGAAACUAACGUGGCCUCACUCAUGGUUUCCACAUUUUUCAACUUUGCCUCACAGAAACAGUCUCUCAGAAUUUUUUCAGUGAAUAUUUUAAUAUAUUUUUAAGUUGAGUAAUUACUAUUUAUACAGAUUUUUCUACUUUAAGCUCAGUCUUUGACGUAGUGUCAGGUCUAACAUGCUAGUUGGGCUCUUUGUCAUGUUUUCUUGUGUAACACUGAACACAUUUGCAAAGGUGUUUGCUCACAUCAUUUGCAAUGGCAUGCUGCUCUUUCUUCUUUUGUUUUUUGAUGAUUGUGUGUACCUGAUUGGCUGUUUGACACUGCAUGUCCUUUCCAAAUAACAAAGACUGACAAAGCUGAUGUUCAGUUCCAGUGAGUUUGGGGGUGUGAGAGGUCAAUGAGGAGGGUUACAUGAGAACUGUGAAGCUGCUACGUCAUUCUCCGUGUUGUUGUUUUUGCCUGACUACACUCAACCAGUCUCUACACGCUGAUAGCCAGACUGUCUGGAAAAACUUACAAUUUACAUCCUGUGGGGCUGUAAUUGCAAAGAGUUUUCCAGAGGCUGACGCUACACCGUCUUCUCCCUCCCUCUAUUGUUCGUCAUCAAACCUCAGCCAGGCAAUCAGUGAGCCCUGGGAACUCGAGGCUUUCUGUAAAAUGGAUGCUCAACUGUUUCAGAUUAGUUAAGUGUUCUUCCUUGUUUUUUCCCUUAUUUUUAUAUCUUGUCGUGCAAGUGCAAGAUGUUUUUAAGGAUGUUUGUAUGUGUUUUCUUUCCUGUUUUGUGUUGUUUUGUCCCAUCACUGUAUGAUUCCCUAUUUAAAUACGAAAUGUUGUUCUCGGAUAAAGAAAGGAUGGAUGGAAACACAA